GGAAUGGUCAAGAAGGACAUAGGGCAGACCCUCUAAACUUGACGAACUGCUUACCGAUCUAUCCCUUGUUACUCCUGUCAGGUUGGUUAACAAAAAGAGGUGAAGAUGCCGGACGCUGAUGAAAUCGAGCGUGGCCCGGCCGCUACGCCAGAGGAUUUCGUCAAGGCACUCGAGAAAAGGGAGUUGGCACGACUUCAAGUGUCGAAAGUUAACAUCUUCUAUUUUAAUGGGGACAGAGUAUCCGAGUGGCUGGAGCUGCUGGAGCAGGUUACGGCCGAGGUGCCUAAGGCAGAUAAAUUCAAGUUCCUCCCCAGGUACGUCUUGUGGGAAACUCGGCCCGAGGUAAUGAAGGUGGCUGCUGGAGCAGGAGGAGACUGGGCUAAGUUCAAGGCAGAAAUGCAGAGGCGGUUCAAGUUAGGGGAUGACUUGUUAACGAAGACAGAUUUGGAGAUGUUACAGCAGGACGAGUUCUCGACGGUGGGAGCUUUGACAACGACGCUCCCAACGACAUUUGAGAAGAUGGCCAAGAAAGUCCCUAGAUUGGCGGAAGAAGAACAAUGCCGGGGAAACGAGGGUUGGACGGCAUCUGAGAGUCAAGGCGGUCAAGAGGGUGGAGGAGGUGCCGGCAGAGGGAGAGUAGACUGGAGAAAUGCCAUUUGCUGGCAUUGUGGGCAGAAAGGCCACACUAUUAAGUUCUGCCACGUCAGGAGGAACGAUGAGGACGAAGGUUUAAUUAGCACCAACUAUGAUGGAGAUAUGUACGACAAGUGGGGGUACCACCUUGACCCGAAGAUUCCAGGCGGUACGAGGAAGGAAGCCCUGCGGAGGGCUGAGGCCGGUGAGCCACCCGCACCCCCAGCCAUGUUUCGGAUAUGGAAGGAGAAAGAGGUCCGUAGUGACGUCACGGUGGAGGAGGUAGGAGAGAACGCAGAGGUGGAGCAAGAAAGGAAGGCCGACACUACUAAGACAGAACCGAUCAUAGUAAAGUCCGACGAUGAGAUUGAGGAAGAUUGCUGGAACAGGCCGCUGCGUGCUGAGACAGGGGAAGAUUGUUGGAGGACGGUCCGACAGACGAUGGAAAGAAUGGAAGACUUAAUAGCUAAAGUCGGGAGGUACCAACAAAAGUUGGCCGAUAUGUGUGAUGAGGUCAGGGAAUGGAAAGGUAAGGAGCCAUUAGUAUACCUCUACGAUCUUGGUCCAGGGUCGCAGGGAGGAUCUGGCAACUUACCAAAUGUCACGACUUCGGGCCCGGUGCCAAGGUCCGGAAUGACUUAUAGACCACCCUCCAGGACGGGGAGGGCACCGCACGCUGUCAGGACGAGGGCUAAAGGGCCGGUGAGCCCUGAAGAACCGGCCAAGGAUGUUCCUGAACCCAGCGGAGAGAAAGAGGUAGUGGACGUUCCAGAAGGAGAGGAUGAUGAAGAUGAUAGGUUGAGGAAGGAAGAGGAUGAGAGGGCCGAGCAAAGAGCCAAGAAGAGGGGUGCCAGCCCUGAUACAGACAAGGCACAAGAAGUAAAGAAGAAGAAGUACGUUGUCCGAGUGGAAGAAGGCUUCGAUGUGGAAGAGAUAAUGAACAGAAACCUAGAGGGUCAUAAUCAUCUUAUGAACCUGAAGGACGUAUUAGCCUCAGCGUCUAGGCUCAGGGAUGAGCUAAAGGCGCGACUAUCCAGGAAGAUGGUGGCCAGUGUGCGACUAGGGACUAUAGUCCCUAAGGAGGCUGAGUGGGCUGAAACAGGUACUAAGAUAGACUGAAAAUCUGUCGCCUGUGGCAACCUCGACGUUGUGGUGAAAGGGAAGACAUGCACUGUGAUGGUGGAUAGUGGAGCGGAAAUGAACCUCAUAAAGGAGG